CAACAGCUGUGAAAUUUGAAUGUAUUUUAGCCUGCUGAGCUCAAGUUACCAAGACUUAGCUUUCCAAAUCACCUCGUCAGAAAGGAAAGAGUGACGGAAGAAGAUGGGAACGCUGUCUAAUGAUACAGCACUGAAUUCACUCCUCUCCAAAUUAUUACAAGAAUAUGUAGACCAGACAAAUAACUCUGCAUCUUCUCAGGUUGAAAAACCCAGUGACAAUCUGGAAAUCAUCUAUGUGCUCUUGUUGCUUGGUUUCUUUGGCUUUUUCACAUUUGGAACAAUGUUUAGCAACAUCCGCUCCAAAAAGCUUGAGCACUCAAACGACCCAUACAAUAUGUACAUUGAAAGAAAUAUUUGGCAUAAGCUGGAUGAAGCAAAUUUUCAUGCAAAAAUUGUGGAAAGUUAUAAAUCGUGCUGUGUGUUUGAGAACCAGCUCGCUGUGGAGCAACCUAUCAAUCAGAUUCCUCAGGUGAAGACUUCAUAGAGAAAUGGGAGAAAAGAUGUCUGUUAACUUUACAGGCAU